AUGGAGAAGGAGGCAAGCCAACUCAAGAGGGACCAUGUUCAUAGUGUAUAUGAGAAAAUUGCUCCGUACGUCAAUGACACACGCUACAAAGCAUGGUCAAAGGUGCAGCAGUUCAUUUCAGAGCAGGAACCAGGCAGCCUGAUUGUUGUUAUUGGCUGCAGAAAUGGCAAAUACCUUCACAUCAAUUCUCAAGUCUAUAAACUGGGUUGUGACUACUGUUUCCCGUUGGUGGAAUCAGCAUGAAAUGAAGGCCAUGAAAUAAUGGUAUGCCAUAGCUUGUAUCUUCCUUAUCGAAAUGAGUGCUUUGAUGCUGUCCUGUCCAUUGCUGUGAUUCGCUAUUUUUCAAUGGAAGAGAGGCACAUGAGAGCAAUAAAAGAGGUGGCCCGCAUCUUGAGAGUAGGAGGCCAGAUAAUGAUAUAUGUGUGGGCAAUGGAGCAAAAACAGAGAAGAUUUGAAAAGCAAGACGUCUUUGUUCCUUGGAAUCCUCACCUCCUUCCUGCUCCUCGGAGCUGGCAGCAGAUGGGUCCUGGUGGGGCCUGGCUGAGGUACUACCGUUUUAAAGAAGGGGAAUUGGCUGAGCUGAUAGAGCAUCAUAUUCCUGAGCUACAUAUUACUCAUUCAUACUUUGACUAUGCCAAUUGGUGCAUGAUUGCAGAAAAGACUGAAGUGUGGAAGAUCUAG